AUGGCGGCACGCAAGACCUUCGUGGUCGAGCAUCUAGACCCAGAACUUGGCCCAUGGUCCGCACUUGAAUACACAGCCAUUGCGAAAGAAUCCAAGACCGCAGAAUGCGACUUCAUUCUGUCCUCUGUGCCAAAGUCUUUGCUCGAGAGCAGCGAUCUGCAAGGCAUCGGAGCCCAGACGAGGGCCGAGAGUGUCGAAGACUACUUUGCAGAUCGCAAGGACCGCAUAUGUCUACUCGAUCCCCAAGCGAAGCAUGAACUAAGUCCUUCUGAUGGCAAGGCAUUUGACAUUUUCCUCUUUGGCGGUAUUCUGGGUGACGAUCCGCCAAGGGACAGGACUAGCGAGCUACGCAAGAAAGGAUUUACAGGACGACGACUCGGACCUAAGCAGAUGACGACCGACACUGCGGUGCGUGUGACUAGGAUGGUAGUAUUGGAAGGGCAGGAGCUCGAUUCGAUACCAUAUGUUGACUUCCCAGAGCUCAAGCUGAACGAGCACGAGUCGACGGAGAUGCCAUUCCGAUAUGUCCUCGACGACAAGAAGAAGCCUAUCAUGCCGGAGGGCAUGUUCGAGCUGAUCAAAGCGGAUGCCGACAAGGGGUUCGACCAACUCGAUUUCGCUGAUGAGGUGGACGGCAUGGACGAUCUGAAAGUGUGA